GAAUCACCGCCAAAUCACAUGACCCAUGAGUCAACACGAGGGACGAGUGUCCCCCUCUCCAUCACAUCCCGUAUCGCGCACACACUUCCCUUCAAGGUCACUCAUGCAGGAGGAAGUCCGACACUACUGCCUGUGAGUGCGAGGGAGCAACAUGUGGUGCCACUCGCAGCUCCUGCUCCUGGUGGUGUGGCACAGUGCACGCGCGUGGGCCCAGUGCCAGUCCCUGCAGUGCCUGCCCGCCGAGUACAACCCCGAUAUUGAACUCGAUGCUCCUCAUCUGAUAAGAAAAUAUGGAUAUCCAGUCGAAACACACACCGUUACGACUGCCGAUGGUUUCAUACUGACUCUGCAUAGAAUUCCACAUGGCCGUAAGAUGUCAAAGACGAGUGCUGAUGGAACCGGGAACCGUAUCGAGAAUGAAAUAAAAUCCAAGGAGCCUGUGCUAAUGCAGCAUGGAUUAUUAGCAUCGUCUGCAUGUUGGAUACUAGCACCUCCGGAAAAGGCACCAGCAUACAUAAUGGCAGAUGCGGGAUAUGAUGUGUGGCUGAGCAACUCCAGGGGGAACCACUAUUCCAGGAACCAUACUCACCUGUCACCAGAUGAUAAACAUUUCUGGGACUUUAGCUGGGAUGAGAUGGGAUCUCUCGACUUGCCUGCGGUUAUCGACUACAUACUGGCUACCACUAGACACGAGCAGCUCUAUUAUAUAGGGCACAGUAUGGGAACAACAAUUUUUUUUGCAUGUAUGGCUACCAAGCCAGAGUAUAAUAGUAAAGUGAAGGCCAUGUUCGGUUUGGGUCCUGUGGCCACAGUUGGGCAUGUUACCAGCCCAAUCAAGUACCUUGCUCCAAUUACCUCAACCAUUGAGGAGCUCUUGGAAUUACUUGGAGACUACGAAUUUCUUCCACAUAACGAAAAUUUCAUCAAGUGGACAGAAUACAUUUGUGACAGUUUUGAAUAUGAAGAAAUCAUGUGCAUGAAUGCAGUAUUUUUCUUGACAGGAUAUGAUGCUGCUCAAAUAAAUAUGACUUGGCUACCUGUAAUAUUCGGUCACACUCCUGAGGGAACAUCUAUACGAACUCUGGCUCAUUAUGCUCAAGAAAUAUUGAAUGGGCAAUUUCAACAUUAUGACUUUGGGAAAACCGAGAAUAUGAGACGGUAUAACCAGACAACCCCACCGCUUUAUGAUCUCAGUCGUGUCAAUGUUCCAGUUGUCUUAAUGUGGGGGAAAAAUGACUUGUUGGCUGAUCCGAAGGAUGUGGCUCUUCUCGCCGAGAAGUUACCCAAUCUCUUGGUCAGCUAUAAAGUUCCUCUGCCGAAAUUUAAUCACAUUGAUUUUAUAUGGGGCAUUGAUGCCGGCCGCUACGUGUAUCGGGUCAUUCUCAAGUAUAUGAAGCAUUUGUAGCAUUAAGUUGCAGUGUAUUUUCUUCUUAAAGCUUCAUUCACCACCACAAAAUAAUAUAUAAUACAGUAUGUUGUUCCAGUUUGAAUACAGGUACUGUAUAUGCAAAAAAUAUUUGAUAUUUUAAAUAAUUUAUAUAUUUGUUACUACAGUACAGUAUAAUUUUCUGUAAUUUUUGGGAUGUGUGGGUAGAAUUUUUUUUUUUUUUUUUUUACAGUUUACUUAUUAAAAUAUUUAUGUUCACAAAUAUGAGCUUUUUUGUGCAAGCUCAGGAUAGUUUUAUGAGUACUUAUUACUCACAUUUUCUUACACGAGAACAUUAUUGCACAUGUUAGACAUAAUGGGAGAGAGAUGGUGUUUGUGCAGUCACGGCACAAUGUAAGAACAUCAAAUGCUGAGAAACUACCGAUGCAGAGGAGUUACAAUAACGUGGCUGAAAAAUGUUGACCAAACCACACACCAAGUUUAAGAGACGAUGAAACGGUCCGUCCUGGACCAUUAUAUCAAGUCAUUAACAAGUCGAUUAUCACAGUCUACUUGAUAAUGGUCCAGGACAGACCGAAACAUUGUCGUCUCUUCAACUUAUAGUGUGUGGUUUGGUCAACAAACUACCGAUGCUGUGUGAUGGGGUUGAAGCCACAUCCCUCGACUCCUCAGGCACAUACACACUACCGACUCAACCAUGAGGAACCACGAACCAUUUUCUCAGGCCUAGUCCUAUUUAUUGCUGCUUGUAUUUUGCCAUUCGAUAAUAGUUUAGCAUGCAGCUUUAGAACUAAACAUUGUGUUAACAAUAUGGAUGGCAAUUCUUUGCCUUUAUAAAUAUGAUCUUAGUAUCUUCAUAUUAGAAAAUGUGCCACUCGAGUCCUAAGGGUUAUAUAGUGUGUGAUAACGUCUACCAAUAAACCAAAGUUUGCGCUACAGUAUUAGUUCAUCGAGCUAUCCAUAGAGAUGGCUUCAUUCUCCACUCACAAUUGGAGAUUUCAGGUACAAUUCCUGGGGCAGGACAGAAAUGGUUGGGCAUAUUUCCUUUCACCUAAUGCUUCUGUUCACCUAGCAGUAAACGGGUACCCUGGAGUUAGGCAACUGUUGUGGAGUUGCAUCCUGGGGAGGGUCAGUAGUUUGACCUAGGGUGGGACCUUAAUACAAGCCUAAUAAAUAUACAUAUGUAUAUUUAUACAUUAAAUAUAUGUAUACCUAAUGUAUACAUAUGUAUAUGUAUACAUAUUUAAAUAUGUAUACAUAAUACAUUUAAGUAUCUAUAUACAUAUCUAAAUAUGUAUACAUAAUACAUUUAAGUAUCUAUAUACAUAUCUAAAUAUGUAUACAUAUUUAUACAUAGGCUUCCUGUCCUUAACAGGACUGGAUUAUUAUUAUCCUACCAUUUAUACUAUAAGGCAUAUCCAUGGGUAUAUUUUUUAUAAUUUCUGUUUAUAAAAAUUUGUUAAAAGUAUGUUUUCAUACUGAAAUGACUUUGUCCACGUAGAGCAAAUCCUGUUUUUAUGUAUGGGAAACAAAAUAAAAUUAAUUCAGAU